AGAAUAUCAAAAGAAAGACAAAGAUAAAUACCAUAAUUACGGUACUAUUGAUAACUACAUAUGUGUGUGACUUCAUGAUACUCGUGUCGAAUUUAACAGAAAAACUGUGGAUCACACGUCUGUUAUAUUCAUAAUGGAUUUUAAAUAAAUGCUGAUGGAUCUGUGAAAAUAAUACACCUGGGGAACCUGUUCAGAAUUCGAACUUGGGUUUUGUCUAUACAAUUCAAGGGCGCUAUAUGCUGCGCCAUCAAGCCCCACUGUUCUUCUUUAUUUUUCCGGGUCCUUUCUCUCACUGGAUUCGCCCAUAGGAGGCGCUCCCAAUGAUCAGUACGAAGAAGAGCGUACAAGAAGAACGAUGUUGUAACUAACGGCCAAAAUGGAAGAGCAAAGCGUUCACAGCAGUAUCAGUGAUAUAAAUAGUGAAGAGGCAGUUAGAAGUGAACCUGUGAUUAUACCACGUAAGAAAAGGAUAUGUUUAAUUGGUGCAGCUGGCGAUGAUCCUGCACUUGGUGCUGCUGCUCAGCAGUUUAGUGUACCUGUUCUCAAAUCUGAGACUGGUUUGGAGCAUAUAGAAGACACAACAUAUUGUACUUACUUUAUAUUAAAGAAGUUUGAGGGACCUGAAUAUGAUGCUCUUCACAAAAGUGCACAUAGAAUACUGGGACCGACGGCACUUCUGCAGUUGGCAGAAAAAAAGGACUCACUACCUAGUAUUAAUAGACCAAUGUAUACACAAGCUAUGGUAGGCACAGUGGUAGUGUUUACUGGAUUUAGGAAAAAGGAUGAAUUGACUAAGUUGAUUAAUAUGAUUCAUAAUAUGGGAGGAAGUAUUAGAAAAGAAAUGGGUGCAAAGGUGACACAUCUCAUUGCUAAUUGUUGCGGUGGAGAUAAGUACAGGUAUGCUGUUACAUUUCGGGUUCCUAUUAUGUCAAUGGAGUGGGUAACAGCAUUGUGGAAUGCCAAAGACGAUAUUUCCAGUUAUGGAAAUAAUGAAGAACUGAUUACAACGUAUAAGUUAAAACCAUUUUUCGGUGCAAGAGUAUGUUUCUUUGGUUUCCCUGAAGAAGAAAAGCGUCAUAUGUAUGAAGUUUUACAACAACAAGGUGGUGAAUCUACAGAAAUUGAUGAUCCAAAUUGUACACAUGUGGUAACAGAUUUAGGAAGUCAUCGGUACAAGAAAUCAAAUAAUACUUUUGACAUGCUACCACAUACUAAAAAUCCUAAUUAUAUUCCAUAUCACAUGAAAACAAAACCAUUUUCCUUUACUUUUUAUAAUCCAUAUACUAAUACAAUUCCUAACAUGAAAAAGAUAAAUUCAUAUACUUCUCGCGCUAGUAAUAUGAACUUGACUAAAAAACUGAGUACCAGACGCUUUUCACAUUGUUUCUGUUCUUGUGUUCCUCAUUAUCUUGAACAUAAAGAAAAUAAGUAUAAUUAUUCCAUCCUAAAUGAUAUUAGUCAGGAUUCUGCAAUAUGUAUGGAUGAUAAUGUAUAUGAUUAUCCAAAUUUACCUGAUGAAUUUUGUAGCAUGUCUGAAUUUUCUAUAGGCCGAACUGAUUCUGGUGUUGAUAUGUCUAAUGUAAUAGAAACAAAUGAUAUAAAUACAUUACAACAAAGUAAUUUUCCUGUUACAUCUACUAUGUUGGACAUGCAUUCUAUAUCUUCAUCUUCAUUACUGUGCAAUGAUAAAAAGGAUACAAGUAGUAUAUCUGCUUUUUCAAAUUAUAACACAGAUGAUGAAAAUGUGUACACUCAUCCAGGAUUAUAUAAUUUUAAAUCUUCUACAUUAUGCAAAAAGAACAUUACCCAACAUGUAAACAAACAAUGUUCUAAUAGAGAAACUCAUUUAUUAAAGUUUUUUAAGAAUACACAGUGUACACGAAGUUCUUUCUUUCUUAACAAAAGAAUUAUAACUCCUAAACGAUACGUUAAAUGGCGGAGAGCUAAGUCUUGUAUUACAAUCCAUAAAAUUAACUCUCCGGAUAAAUAUAAAUUUAAAAAAAUGCAUUCUUAUCCUAACUUACUAAGACAAUAUGAUUUAGAACUUAAUGAUUCUCUUUUAUAUGAUUCACCUACACCAAUGACUAGAAAUAGAAAUUUUCUAAGUACAUGUAAACUGAGUUCAUCUAUUUUAUCAAAGCUUAGUCAUUUAAAUUUUUCUUCAAUAUUUAAACAGUAUGUUCUUGUUAAUCCAUGUCAACAAAAUUCAGAAACGCAUCAAAAACAAAAAUAUACUCCUUUACCUAGUCCUCUUCCUAUCCCUGCUAAGGUAGCAAAAUUAUCAAAUUCUGAAUAUGGCUCCAGAAGUACUUUUACAUCAGAUGAAAGUUAUUUGAAUAUUUCUUCUAAAAGUUGUAUUCUAAAAGGUGAUCAUAUGAAACUGGACAAACAGAAGGACAAGCCAUUAUCUUUGGUUGUAGAUGAAUCAAACGUAAAUGCAUUGCCAGAUUUAGCUUCUGUGAGAGCUCAUAUUGUAAAAGCAGAGUGGUUUUGGACAUCUGUGCAAAAUGAGGGUGCAGCUGAUGAAAAAGAAUAUUUGUUUGAAGACUAUUUGGAAUCCGUUUUAUCGCCAACUGUAUCAGCUAGACGUGAUAGUCAACAAGCUGCAACUCCAAGUACAGCAUCUACAAGACGAAAACGUAAACGCUUAGCAGAUACUUUGUCUAGUCUGGUUCAAAAUGGUGCAGAUUCUCCAGCACUACAUAAAAGACGAUCUAGCAUCAGUGAUGCAGGACAUUUGAGUGUCAGUGGAAGUUUCCUUGAUUGUACAACAAGUCCAGAUAAACCACUGCUUGAUGAUAUUCCAGAAGUGGAAGCUGUUAAUACAGACAGCUCUAGGAAAAAUUUAUCACCACGUCAUCAAGUUUUCUUAGAAUUAGUACAAACAGAGUCUAAUUAUGUCGGUAUUCUCAGUACAAUUAUGACGCUGUUUAAGUCUCCAUUAGAAGAUCUCAUAGAUACAACUGAUGAGUUGUUAAAUGGUACAGAAGCUAAAAUUGUAUUUGGUAACUUCCCACCCAUUUAUGAAGUUCAUAAAAAAAUGUUGGAAGAAUUGAGAUACAGUGCUACUCACUGGAUGGAGGACAUUAGUAUAGGUAAUAUAUUUCUGAAGUUCGCACCUGACCUAGUCAAGGCGUAUCCACCGUAUGUCAACUUCUUCGAAAAUACAAAGGAGAUGCUCGACCAAUGUGAUCAAAAUAAACCACGAUUUCACGCUUUUCUGAAGGUUUGUCAGACGAAACCUGAAUGUGGAAGACAAAGCUUGAAGGAGUUAUUAAUUAAACCAGUACAAAGGUUACCCAGUAUUAGUUUAUUAUUAAAUGAUAUCCUUAAACAUACAAGUAAAAAUAAUCCUGAUCAUAGUGCAUUGGAGUUGUCAAUUAGCAGUAUUAAAGAAGUUAUGACUUAUAUAAACGAGGAUAAAAGAAAAACUGAAGGCCAAUUAGUUAUGUUUGAUAUUUUCAAUGAAAUUGACAAUUGUCCGCCGCAUUUAGUUUCUUCACAUCGAUCAUUUAUUGGCAAAUGUGAUGUGAUGGAACUCAGUGAGGGUUUAAGUGGACGUGGCGACCAUUUAGUUUUGUUUUUGUUUACUGAUACUCUUGAAAUAUGUAAGAAAAGGUCAAAAGCUUUUAAUUCAUUGAAAAGCCCUAAUACAGCAAAUGGAUUGCAUACAACUAAAUUGAGUCAAGGGAAACCAUAUAAACAUAUCAAGAUGUUAUCUCUUAGUACAAUAAAAAAAGUUGUAGAUAUACGAGAAACUGAUGAAUGUCAUAAAGUGUUUGCUUUAAUGGUAAGAAGUAAUCAAGAACUAAAGGAAAAGUUAUUUUCAUUUACAAUUACUGAUGAGGAAGUAAAUAAAACAAAUUAUUUACGAACAUUAUGUCGACAAAUGGCUAACACAGUGUGCAAAGCUGAUGCGGAUACGUUCCUGAUAAGUCUUGAUUCGCAUCAACUUGAAAUUGACACAAGCGAUGUAGCAUUAGGAACAUUAAGUAAAGCAUUUAAGAGCCUAUUUCAUAAUUUUUACCUGGAGUAUAUGGACCCGUAUGUGUUCCUACUCAAUAGCAUGUGUGAAACCACGUUACAUGUCCCACUACCGUUUGCAUCUCGUACAAGGAUGAAAGUCGGCAGAGCGUUUAGUUUUAACAAAACUCCAAGUAAAUUAAAGAGGGCAAUGUCAACAAUGAUGUCACCAUUUGGGUCAACCAAUAGUCUAACGCCAGCAAGUCAACAACUUGCACAGAUGCGGCUCGCUAGUUGCAACAACAUUAACGAGCUGGGUAAUGGUGGUUCAGGCUCGCCAUCUAGAGAUGAUGUUCUAGUAGCACCUAUGUCGGUUCAACCGACACGAAAGGCGAAAUGCAGUUCCCUCAGUAUGGCUUCGUUGAGAAGAAAUUGUUCAGAGGAAGUCAUGCAGGACAAAUCCGAUCUUUGAAGUACAGGGCAUGAAUAGUAUGCAGC